CUUCAGUCCUGCUUCUCAUUCCACCUCCUCACUUCUUCUCCUCUCUCCCCACAGGUCCUGCUUCCUCUUCCUCGGGAUCCAUCCCAUAAUCGCCAUCUGUCAGCCAGGUUGCCACGGAGAUGCCAGGAACUCUCCCCAGGUUUCCCAGCAUGCCGUCUUCCUUCCUCAGCUCGCUGCCCCGAGGCGUCAACCCUCCCAGUUUACCCAGAGGCAUCUCUCUGCCCAGUCUGCCCAGUUUACCCAGCAUGCCCCGGGGCGUGACCAUCCCCAGCCUGCCGAGGGGGAUGUCGUUGCCGAGGGCGGCCGUCGCCAUGUCGACCGUUACCCAGGCUCCUCGGAGGCUGCUGCAGGACUGCUGCUCCGUGCUGGACCAUCAGACACCAGGAGGUCUGUGUGGUUGCUGCUGGGCGUUGCGCCCUCGCUACAAGCGGCUGGUUGAUAAUAUUUUCCCAGAAGACCCGGAGGACGGGCUGGUGAAAGCCAACAUGGAGAAGCUGACGUUCUUCGCUCUGUCGGCUCCGGAGAAACUCGACCGAAUCGCUGCGUACCUGUCGGAGCGCUUGACCCGAGAGCUGAACCGCCACCGCUACGGGUAUGUGUGUAUUGCGAUGGAGGCCAUGGAGCAGCUGCUGCUGGCCUGUCACUGUCAGAGCAUCAACCUGCUGGUGGAGAGUUUCCUCAGCACGCUGCGUCUGCUGCUGGAGGCCGAUAGGCCACACCUCCACAUCCUCGCCACCAGCUCCUUUGUGAAGUUUGCGAACAUCGAGGAGGACACGCCAUCGUACCAUCGCAGCUACGACUUCUUCGUGUCUCGCUUCAGUCAGAUGUGUCACACCGAACACGAAGACACCGACACCCAGAACAAGAUCCGUGUGUCGGGGAUCCGCGGCCUGCAGGGCGUGGUCAGGAAGACGGUGGACGACGAGCUGCAGGUGAACAUCUGGGAGCCUCGCCACAUGGAGCAGAUCGUCCCAGCUCUGCUGGUCAACCUGCAGCAGCACACACACACCAACAGUGAGUCUCCAGCAGAGCAGACAGAGGUGUGUUUCAGGGAGCUGUUGGGACGAGCUGCUUAUGGACACAUUACCAACGCUGUCAGACCUGUGCUCAUGCACCUGGACAGUCACAGUCUGUGGGAGGGACGAAGCUUUGCUGUCCAGUGUUUUCAGAUCAUCAUGUACUCCAUCCAGCCCCAACACUCCCACCUGGUGAUCCAGCAGCUGUUGGGUCACCUGGACGCCAACAGCAGGAGUCCCGCUUCGGUGCGAGCCGGCAUCGUAGAGGUGCUGUCUGAAGCUGCUGCUAUAGAAGCUACCGGAUCUGUCGGUCCGACUGUACUGGAAGUGUUCAACACGUUACUGCGACAGCUGAGGCAGAGCGUGGACUACCAGCUGACUGGUUACUACGACAACGACGGAAAACGGGAAACCACCUCGAGUGAAGAGAAGACGCUGCAGGACGCAGUCAUCAAAACUAUCGGAUCCUUCGCCAACACGCUGCCCGUGUACCAGAGGUCAGAGGUCAUGCUGUUCAUCAUGGGGAGGAUCCCUGUACCCGGGAUGUACCCCGUUCUGGGCUCGCCCAACGCCGGGUUUGAAGGCAGCAGGAUGAUCCAGGUGAUGUUGCUGAAGUCUCUCCUCCAGGUGAAUUAUUCUCCUUCAGCUCGGUACGACAGCAGUAACCUGUUGACGGCGUUGCCCUCGGCGUUCUUGGAGCCGCUGCUUUCCUUCACGCUGAUGGAAGAUCCAGAGAUCCGUCUGCUCGUGCUCUCCAUCCUCACCUCGCUCAUCGACCGGCGCCACAACGCCCCCAGACUCGCCGCCACCGCCGCUAGUGUGACGUUUGACGUCUCGGUGCUGCAGCGGAAGGAGGACCGGUGCUCUCGACAGGACAACCUGUUCAUCAGGAAGCAGCUAACUGAAUGUUUCUGCAAGCACGUCAGCGCCUCUACAGGCACAUCUACCUCUAACCUGUAA